AUCUCGCUAGGGGAAAUCAUCGCGAGUAGCGCAUUCUUGAUCUAUUGAGAGUGAAAUUUUUCUUUCACCGAUCUUGAAUACUUUCGGCCGAUCGCGCGAUUCGCGACGAUCGACGAGUUUGAACUCGAAUACGAUUAAAUAAGUAUUGAAUCGGAGUGAGCAAAAGGUGAACAAGACAGUGGACAAGAGACCGUAAAACUCAAAGGGGGCGUAAUAUCAGUGUGUCGACGGUGAGACCAGGUGAGAAAAGGAAAGCGAAGGACACCAACGGAAUGCUCGACUUUGAACAACAGACCAAUCAGGCACAGGCAUUGGCCUCGCUCGAUGACGACUGGCACCUGCUCGAGGAUUCUAAAAUGAGAUUAGAGGAGGAUCUGGUGAUCCGCAGGAGCCGACCCACGAUGAUCUCCGCUAAAUAUCGCGCCCGCGAGGAACGUCGCCGUCUGCUCAAGAUUUCCGCCGGCAAGCUGAGGAGGAUCGAGGACCCUGAAGCGAGCCUGUGCCGAUCGGUUCUCAUAAAUAACGCGGUACGACGGCUGCAGCGUGAAAAUCGGGACGAGAAGACACGGAGUUACGGUACACUUCCAGUAGUGGCGUCAUACAUGGACGACGCUAGUAAGGAAAAUAACAUCGCCGGGAGUCUCAUCGUCGAUGUAACGGACGAAGAAACUUCUUCUAGGAAAAGGUUGGCUGACGAUUCGAGAGACGACGAACUCAAUUCCAAGCGGCAUAGGCACGAUGACUUGGACUUGCAAGACGACGUAUUCAGUGACUUCUACAUCUUGCCACCGACGCCACGUUUGCUCUCGCAUAUCGAUGAAAUUCAGCCAGAAGCAGUGAUGUCACAUCAUAACGGCAAUCACCAUCUGGGCUUCCCGGAGGAUCGCUUGAGCGGCGGCGUGGCUGACGUGCGAUCGAACAGCACGAUCAUCAGCACAAGUAGCACCUCCACAACGACUAACGGCAUUGGAGUUGACAGCGCGACAAGCUGCCAUUCCGUACUUUUCCCCGUCGUCGGAGAUCUCGACGACACGAGCGUGCAACUCUCGAGACCAGGAACCGAUAUGAUGGAGGUGGCCGACGUAGUCGAUCCCGAUCGGCUUUGUGACUUUUCUAGAUUCGCCGACUCGGCGAAGACGCUGGAAGAACGACUGGCCGAGCUGCAGUCUUUGGAUGAGCAUUUCGAUCUUACCAAAUUCGAGCGUAACAACAAUCAGAGUUGCGGCCGCGCCUUCCAUGACAUACAGACCUUCCACAGCCUCGUGCCAGGUCUGGAAACUUAGACGACGGUACUAUAUCUCGAGCCAACGAUACUGCAGGACGCCAACGGCGAUGGUGAUGUCAGCUUCACGACACACAGAGCUUGAUGAGGAAUCACAUGUGAAUCUCGCGUUGGCCUUACCCUCGUGCGCUCGUAGAUGGAAAACGCGUGACCAAACGCAUGCCGAUACGUUAAGUACUCCGAAGGAUUUUUUUACCGUGGGCAAACAGAUGGGCUAAAUUGUAUAUUGGAUGUGUGGUAUUUCACUAUUUAUCUAUUGACAUUAGACCCACAACAGAAAUUUUAAAAGAACGUGCAAAAAAAUUUAGAAAUAUCCAAAUUUCAUUGAUUAAAACG